CACCGCCCUCUCUCUUUCCCGCGCACGUGCACUACACUGAGACCGAACUAAGAGAAGCAACCUUCUCAUAGACAAAAACAGCAGGUGUUACUGAAGCAGUUUCAUGGAUGAAAUCCAAAUGGAUCUUCCACAAACUCAGAUCCCACUGUCCCGCUUGGGCUUCGCGUUAUCUCUCUCCCUUCAGAACUCAAACCCACCAGAACCCAGUUUCAGAAAUCUCAAUAUUUGUCCUCAACCACUCAGACAUAAGCCUACUCUUAUACAUUUGUGGAAAAGAAUGUCUCCUGCAUUUGGGUUCUUCCAUCCAUGCCUCGAUCAUCAAGAACUUUGAAUUUUUCGACCACGAGAACCGGGUUAAUAUCCGGAGCGCCCUAGUUGUUUGGAAUUCCCUCCUGUCUAUGUACUCGAAAUCCGGAGAAUUGUCAAAUGCAGUUAAACUGUUUAGUUAUAUGCCUAUGAAAGAUACCGUUUCGUGGAAUACUAUUAUUUCUGGGUUUUUAAGAAAUGGGGAGUUUGAUGCUGGGUUUGGGUUAUUCAAAAGAAUGUGCGAAUCUGGUUUUUAUCAAUUUGAUAAAGCUACUUUGACUACAAUUUUAUCAGCUUGUGAUGGACCUGAGUUUUGUUAUGCAAGUAAAAUGAUGCAUGGUCUAGUAAUUUCAAGUGGCUACUUGCAGGAAAUUGCAGUGGGGAAUGCUUUGAUAACGGCAUAUUAUAAAUGUGGCUGUUUUAGCUCCGGAAGGCAGGUUUUUGAUGAAAUGCUUGAAAGGAAUGUUAUUACUUGGACGGCUGUAAUCUCUGGCCUUGCACAGAAUGGUUUCCAUGAAGACAGUUUGAAUCUUUUCGUACAGAUGCGUUGUGGUACAGUUGAUCUGAAUUCUUUGACAUACUUGAGCUCCCUUAUGGCAUGUUCAGGUUUGCAGGCCCUAAAGGAAGGGCUUCAAAUUCACGGGCUCCUUUGGAAAUUGGGAAUUCAAUCAGAGUUUUGCAUUGAGAGUGCUCUAAUGGACAUGUAUUCAAAGUGUGGUAAUGUAAAAGAUGCAUGGAAGAUAUUUGAGUCUACAACAGAAUUUGAUGAGGUUGCCUUGACUGUUAUCCUUGUGGGUUUUGCCCAAAAUGGAUUUGAGGAAGAGGCUAUACAAAUUUUCACUAAAAUUGUGAAGGCAGGAAUUGAGGUUGACCCUGACAUGGUUUCAGCUGUUCUUGGGGCAUUUGGAGUUGAUACUUCAUUAGGAUUUGGUACGCAAAUUCACUCUUUAGCUAUCAAAAAGAACUUCUGUUGUAAUAUUUUUGUCAGUAAUGGGCUUAUAAACAUGUAUUCUAAGUGCGGAGAUCUGGAGGAUUCGGUUAAGGUCUUCACUCAAAUGCCUAAAAGGAACUCUGUCUCAUGGAACUCCUUAAUCGCAGCUUUUGCCCGUCAUGGGGAUUGCUCCAAAGCCCUACAAAUGUAUGAACGUAUGACGUUGGAAGGCAUACAGCCAACAGACGUGACAUUUCUGUCUCUGCUCCAUGCUUGCAGCCAUGUUGGCUUAGUUCAAAGGGGCAUGCAGUUGUUGGAAUCCAUGGCUAAAGAUCAUGGGUUGAGUCCAAGAUCAGAACACUAUGCUUGUGUUGUUGACAUGUUGGGUCGAGCAGGACUUCUGAAUGAAGCUAGAAAGUUUAUCGAGGGAUUACCUGAGAAUCCUGGUUUAGAUAUUUGGCAAGCAUUACUUGGUGCUUGUAGCAUUCAAGGAGAUUCAGAGAUGGGAAAAUAUGCUGCUGAUCAGUUGCUUUUGGCCGCACCUGAAAGCUCAGCACCAUACAUUUUAUUGGCCAAUAUAUAUUCUUCUGAAGGCAGGUGGAAGGAGAGAGCCAGGACUAUUAAGAGAAUGAAGGAUAUGGGGGUUGCAAAAGAAACAGGUAUAAGUUGGAUCGAGAUUGAAAAUAAAAUCCACAGCUUUGUUGUCGGGGGCAGAAUGCAUCCUCAAGUUGAGAACAUAUACGGGCUUUUGGCAGAGUUGUUUAGACACUUGACAGACGAAGGAUAUGUUCCAGAUAAGAGGUUCAUUCUCUUUUACAUGGAUCAGGAUGGAAAAGCCGUAACAUUUCCCAACGGUCACCAUUUUCCCUCCAAUUUCAGAAACCCAGAAUUGCUUUCCUCUUCUCUUUCAAGUCUGAAUUAUACAAAUUGCAGAGAGAGAAUCGGAGUAGACGCUCCUCUUUCCAGUACUUCGGCUUACGUCGUCCUCGGCGUUGAGCCUGACUGUACUGCCGCCGAGCUCAAAGCCGCUUUCCGAGCUAAAGUGAAGCAAUUCCAUCCUGACGUGAAUAGAGAUGGGCCAGAUUCUGAUACAAUGAUUCGCCGAGUCAUCCAGGCAUAUGAGAUGUUAUCAAACUACAGUCGAUCAGAGAUCAUCGAGAGGGAAUGUUUGGAUCCCUUUGAAAAUCCAGAAUGUGAAGCAUUUGAUCUCUUUGUUAAUGAGGUUCUCUGUCUUGGCAAAGGCUGUCCAUAUUCUUGUGUAAAAGGGGCCCCUCAUGCCUUCACGUAUGCUUCCACUGGAACUGCUAGGGUAUCUUCGCAAGGACAUGGUGACGAUUACCAAGUUCAGAUGGCGGUGGGUCAGUGCCCAAGAAGUUGUAUUUAUUACGUUACACCUUCGCAGAGAAUUAUCUUAGAGGAGCUACUGGACAGUAUCUUGAACAAGCCUUAUGAUACAUCAGCCGAGGCAGAAUUGCUUUAUUCUCUUAUGGCUAGAGCCAAGUUUGAGAACAAUCGAUACCAAAAGCCAAAGAAGCAACCCAAAACUUCAACCAAACAUGUUGAUUGGUUUUGACAUUUGGACUGCUGGUUUGUAUGUGGCUUUGAUUUUUAUUGCCAAAUUCACCAAACAGCACUCUGCUUAUUGAAGAAAAGGGAAACCGAUACUGCUUACAGAUGUUAUUAGGAGCCUUCUUGUCAACUGCAUGUACAUAGGAAAAGCCAAGGGACAAAAUAUAUAUAUUUUUUUUGUGUAAUGAAGUCGUAACACCAUAUUUUUGAAGGAAAUGUUUGUAAAUAUUGUAAGUUUCUGUUUUUUUGUGACUCGGAGGCUCACGUUUAUGCUCCAAGAAACAGUUCUUUACUUGCUGAUGAGCAUUUUGGUCCCCUCC